AUGAAGCGCAAUCUCAUCAGCUGGUUUAAGUUCCUCGUGCUGGCGGCCUUCACCGUCUUCCUCACGACGCUCAUCUUUCGCUUCCUCCGAGGGCCCAGGAUCAUCGUCCACGACUCGCCCGCAGCAAGGGCUCGUUUUCUGAGGGAGAAUGGCAAGCUGGCUGCUGAUGCUAUACAGUCUCCUCUCGAACACGAGGUUAUUAUUGAGGGGAAGAUAGACUGGCACGACUAUGAGAGGAUCCAGAACGAGGAGAAGAGGACUGGCACGGGUGAGCAAGGCAAGGCUGCCACUCUCUCGCCGUCAAUGGAAGAUCUCAAAGACAGACUGUACAAGGUAAAUGGCUUUAACGCUGCACUGAGCGAUCUUAUAUCCCUGAACAGAUCGAUACCAGACAUCAGGCAUCCCGAUUGUAAAAACAAGAGAUAUUUGAAGGAUCUUGAUCCUGUCUCGGUUGUGGUCUCUUUUCACAACGAGCACUUUAGUACUUUGAUGAGAACCUGCUGGAGUGUUAUCAACAGAUCUCCACCUUCCUUGCUGCAUGAGAUUAUACUAGUCGACGACGCCAGUACAAAAGUUGAGCUGAAGGAUAAACUUGACGAAUACGUGAAGAAAAACUUACCUAAGGUAAAAAUAGUGAGACUGCCUAGACGCUCAGGCCUCAUAAGAGGCAGACUGGCUGGAGCAAGAAAAGCUACAGCUAAAAUUCUUGUCUUCCUUGACUCGCACAGCGAGGCCAAUGUCAAUUGGCUUCCACCUUUGCUUGAGCCAAUAGCCAAGGAUUAUAAGACUUGUGUAUGCCCCUUCAUUGAUGUCAUUGCUUAUGAGACUUUUGAGUACAGAGCACAAGACGAGGGAGCUAGAGGUGCAUUCGACUGGGAGUUGUACUAUAAGAGAUUGCCGUUACUUCCAGAAGACUUGAAGAAUCCUUCCGAGCCUUUCAAGAGCCCUGUUAUGGCAGGUGGAUUGUUUGCCAUAAGUGCCAAAUUCUUUUGGGAGCUUGGUGGCUACGAUCCUGGCUUGGAUAUCUGGGGAGGUGAGCAGUACGAACUUUCUUUCAAGAUUUGGCAAUGUGGUGGACAGAUGUACGAUGCUCCCUGUUCAAGAGUAGGCCACAUUUACAGAAAGUUCCCACCUUUUCCCAAUCCAGGAAGAGGCGAUUUUCUUGGCAAGAAUUACAAGAGAGUAGCUGAAGUAUGGAUGGAUGAGUAUGCAGACUUCAUCUAUAGAAGACGACCUCACUUGAGGGCAAUGGAUCCUGGAGAUUUGACAGAACAAAAGGCUCUAAGAGACAAACUUAAAUGUAAAUCUUUCAAAUGGUUCAUGGAAAAUAUUGCUUUCGAUCUAGUUGAAGUCUAUCCUCCCAUUGAACCUGACGACUUUGCUUAUGGAGAGAUGAGAAACAUCGGAGUUCCCAAUCUCUGCCUUGAUGCUAAAGGUAAGGGUAAAGAUGAAGAAAUAGCUGUAGACUACUGUCAAAAGGACACUCCCAAAAUCAAAGGAGAACAAGAGUUCCAACUUACUUGGCACAAGGACAUUCGUCCGAAUAGACGCACAGAAUGCUUGGACGUUUCUAGAGGAGACGACAAAUCCCCGGUGACACUUUAUCCAUGCCAUGGAAAGCAAGGAAAUCAACUCUGGCGUUACAAUGUCGAAAAACAGUGGCUUCAACAUGGGUAUGGAUCUAGAUGUCUCGACAUGGAUCCAGCGAGUAAAAAAGUCUACGUAAGCAACUGUGACCCGACGUCUUCUACGCAAAAGUGGCGAAUAGAACACGUGAAUAUGAAAGCAAUGAACAAUUGGGAAAACGUAGUCCCUAAGGCCAAUCAAAGAAACGAUUUUGAUUUUUGA